ACAAAGGGUCGCCGGUCUUUCAGAUUGUUGUUAGAAGGAGGCAGCGUCGACGUCUGAUUAGACUCGCGGCGUUUUAUCCGCUAUCGGUACGCUUUUUCUUCCGCGCUUGGAACCUAUCUACGGCUUCUCCUGCCGCGGGGCCUGGAAGGAGGCGUAUCUAGACGACUCGAGAACGAUCCGGGGCGCUCAGAGCACCCCUCGCUGCCCCAUUCAGCGCCAUGUCCUGGAUGUUCAAGAGAGAUCCUGUUUGGAAGUACUUGCAGACUGUCCAAUAUGGAGUCCAUGGAAAUUUUUCACGCCUUUCAUAUCCUACUUUCUUUCCUCGUUUUGAAUUUCAAGAUAUUAUCCCUCCAGAUGACUUUCUAACUAGUGAUGAAGAGCUGGAUUCUGUUUUAUUUGGAACUUUAAGAGGUCAUGUGGUUGGACUACGCUAUUACACUGGAGUAGUUAAUAAUAAUGAAAUGGUUGCUUUACAACGAGAGCCUAAUAAUGCCUAUGAUAAGAAUGCGAUUAAAGUAAACAACGUGAAUGGAAAUCAGGUUGGCCACGUAAAGAAAGAUCUGGCAGCUGCUUUGGCCUAUAUCAUGGACAACAAGUUGGCACAAGUUGAAGGGGUAGUUCCUUUUGGUGCAAACAAUGCUUUUACCAUGCCUUUGCAUAUGGCUUUCUGGGGAAAAGAAGAAAAUAGGAAAGCAGUGUUAGAUCAGUUGAAGAAACAUGGAUUUAAAUUGCUUCCUCCACCAAAAUCUUUGGGAUUCUCUUUGGAAAGUAGUUGGGGCUCUGGAAGAGCAGGACCAAGCUAUAGUAUGCCGGUUCAUGCUGCAGUACAGAUGACAACUGAACAGCUUAAAACAGAAUUUGAUAAAUUGUUUGAAGAUUUAAAAGAAGAUGAUAAAACUCAUGAAAUGGAACCAUCUGAGGCUAUUGAAACACCAUUACUUCCACAUCAAAAGCAAGCACUAAUGUGGAUGGUUUCACGGGAAAACAGUGAAGAACUUCCACCAUUCUGGGAACAGAGAAAUGACUUAUACUAUAACACAAUAACAAAUUUUUCUGAGAAGGAUCGACCAGAAAAUGUCCAUGGAGGAAUUUUAGCUGAUGAUAUGGGUUUGGGCAAAACUCUUACAGCCAUUGCUGUAAUUCUUACCAACUUUCAUGAUGGCAGACCUCUUCCUGUUGAAAGAAUUAAAAAGAGUCAACUAAAGAAGGAAUGUAUUGUUAACUCUGAACCUAUGAAACUUGAAGGAAACAACACCAGUGAAAAAGCAGAUGGACUAAUCAGAGAAGGAUCUAGAUGUAGCAAAGAGCCCAGUAUUUCAGAUGUGAAGGAGAAGAAUAAAUACUCCAUAUCAGAAUAUUUUAGCUCCCGUCCUAAAAGAAGAAAAACAGUUGACAAGUAUAUGGAAAGCAGUGAUUCAGAGGAAUUUGAAACAAGUGAAUUGCCACAGAAAACAAAAGGCAAGCUGAAAAGUGCAAAAUCAGAGACUAAAGGCAGAGGAAAAGCAGGAUCUUCCAAGAUUAAAGAAGAUCCAGAGUUCGCAUGUACACUUACAUCAAAAAAGAAAAUAUUGAAAAAGGGAACAUCUGCAGUGGAGGAUUCAAAGAAAACUGAUCUUGAAGAGAAACCAAGAACAACAUUGAUCAUCUGCCCUCUUUCUGUGUUAAGCAACUGGAUUGACCAGUUUGGACAACAUAUAAAAUCAGAGGUGCACUUGAAUUUCUGUGUUUAUUAUGGUCCUGAUCGUAUUAGAGAUCCAGCUCUGCUUUCAAAACAGGAUAUAGUUUUGACUACAUAUAACAUUUUAACUCAUGAUUAUGGGACUAAAGGGGACAGUCCAUUACAUAGCAUAAGGUGGCUAAGAGUGAUCCUGGAUGAAGGACAUGCCAUACGAAAUCCAAAUGCUCAGCAGACAAAAGCUGUGCUUGAUUUAGAAGCAGAAAGAAGAUGGGUAUUGACAGGUACUCCAAUCCAGAAUUCCUUAAAGGAUUUGUGGUCCCUUCUUUCUUUUUUAAAACUGAAACCAUUUCUUGAUAGAGAAUGGUGGCACAGAACAAUACAGCGUCCUGUUACCAUGGGAGAUGAAGGUGGACUUAGGUAUUUUAAUGAAGGUACUGUCCUGGCACACUAUGCAGAUGUCUUGGGUCUUUUGCUUAGAUUACGGCAGAUUUGUUGUCAUACUCAUCUUCUUACAAAUGCAGUUUCUUCUAGUGGUCCCACAGGAAAUGACACACCUGAAGAGCUGCGAAAGACAUUGAUAAGGAAGAUGAAGUUAAUUCUGAGCUCAGGUUCUGACGAAGAGUGUGCAAUUUGCUUGGAUUCUUUAACAGUUCCUGUGAUAACACACUGUGCACAUGUAUUUUGUAAACCUUGUAUUUGCCAGGUCAUUCAGAAUGAGCAGCCUAAUGCUAAAUGCCCUUUAUGCAGAAAUAACAUAGAUGGAAACAAUUUAUUACAAUGUCCUCCAGAAGAAUUAGCAUCCAGCACUGACAGAAAGAGUAAUAUGGAAUGGACAUCCAGUUCAAAGAUUAAUGCUUUAAUGCAUGCAUUGAUUGACUUAAGAACAAAGAAUCCCAACAUAAAAAGUUUGGUUGUCUCUCAGUUUACAACGUUCCUCUCUUUAAUAGAAACGCCACUUAAAGCCUCUGGAUUUGUAUUUACUCGUUUGGAUGGCUCUAUGGCCCAAAAGAAAAGAGUUGAAUCAAUUCAGUGUUUUCAAAAUACUGAAGCAGGUUCUCCAACGAUAAUGCUUCUGUCUCUGAAAGCAGGUGGAGUUGGUUUGAAUCUUUCUGCAGCUUCUCGAGUGUUUUUAAUGGAUCCAGCCUGGAACCCUGCUGCUGAAGACCAGUGCUUUGACAGAUGCCAUCGACUUGGCCAGAAGCAAGAAGUUAUCAUCACAAAAUUCAUUGUAAAGGACUCUGUGGAAGAAAAUAUGCUGAAAAUACAAAACACAAAGAGAGAACUUGCAGCUGGAGCUUUUGGAACUAAAAAACCAAAUGCUAAUGAAAUGAAACAAGCUAAAAUCAAUGAAAUCAAAACUUUAAUCGAUUUAUAA